AAAAUAAAAACUUGCUUCCCGCCCUUCCCGCUUCUUCUUGAAUCUCAUCUUCACUUCUGCCACAAGACCAACAAAAAAACAAACAAAAGCCGAUAGCCGAAAGGGGGAGGAGGCUUCAGCCUACACUCAAUUAAGGUCGGUCGAAGAUGGGUGAGGAGAAAGAUCAAGAAAAGGAAAGGGGUGUUGUCAUGGAUACACCAGAGAGAACUCAAAUCGCAAACCCAUUGUCUAAAUUCGAGGACUCGCCCGUCUUCAAUUAUAUCAACAGUCUUUCACCUAUCAAGCCUGUUAAAUCUGUGCAUUUUACUCAGACAUUCAGCUCUCUAAGUUUUGCAUCCCUUCCGUCUGUUUUCACUUCACCUCAUGUCAGUUCUCUCAAAGAUUCUAGAUUCUUAAGAAGGCACCAGUUUUCUGAUCCAUCAAAACCUGAACUUACUUCUGAAGAGGCAAAGAAAGCUGAAAUCAGUGGAGGGAUUUUAAACGCUGCCCAAAACCCAUUAAGGCAGCAAAGGGAUUUUGAUACCGCUAAUUCUGUUUCUGAAACUUGUGUUUUGCAAUCACAUGGGUGCUCAAAUCUUGAAUCAAGAAAACUGAGCUAUGAAGCUGUUAGCCCCGACACAAUGAAUAGAUUAAAAUUGGAUGAUCCAUCAGCAUCAGCUGUUCCAUUCAUUAAUAAUGGUCCUGCAAAUUGCCCAUUGAGAAUCGGAACAGAGAUUGAAGGGAUAGAUCCACUCCAUCAUAGUAAAGAAGUAUCAGGAUGCGAUUGGGAUAGUUUGAUCUCUGAUGCUUCAGAGUUGCUUAAUUUUGAUUCACCUAGUGAUACAGUGCCUUAUAAGGGCCCUGGUCAAAACACCUUAGAUCCUACAACUUUUCCUACUUCGCUUACAAUUGCAAAACCAGAAGCUUCUGAUGGUAAUCCUUCAGAAAAGCAUGAAGAUAUGAAGAAUGCAGCUGAAAACUAUGCGACACUUGCUACUACUUCUAUAAACAAUUUUGAGGCCGGAGAGACAGCUGAGGAUGCAGAUAAUGAGGUUGGUUCAAAUUUAUACCGCGGCAUGAGAAGACGCUGUCUAGUUUUUGAGAUGAUGGGGUCUCGGAGGAAGCACUUAGAGGAAGUCUCUAGUGGUAGUUCUCUAAAUGUUUCAGAGUCCAAUGAAACUGUUCUUCCCAAUGAUAACCGUUUACUUCCAAUGAGGACUAGUAAUGAUUCCUCUCGAUGUAUUCUACCUGGAAUUGGUUUGCAUCUAAAUGCUCUUGCUUCGACUUUGGUGGAUCACAAAGUUGUUAAACAUGAAAGCUCGGGCUCUGGUAGACAACUUACUAUUGGACCUCCUCCUGCUUAUCGUUCCAUGGAUUCUGGUCAAGAACCUCUAACUGAUGUACCCUCUUCGGAGGACAUAGGGACCGCCCAACAUGGAGCAUCUGUUGCAGAAGAUGCUUCCAAAGCACUUGGAUUUGUAGUUAAUGAAGAAUUAAGUCAAACUAGUCCAAGAAAGAAAAGGCGUAGAGUGGAACAUGCUGGAGAAACGGAGGCUUGCAAGCGUUGUAACUGUAAGAAAUCAAAGUGCUUGAAGCUUUACUGUGAAUGCUUUGCUGCUGGUGUCUACUGUGUGGAGCCAUGUUCAUGUCAAGAAUGUUUCAACAAACCAAUACAUGAAGAUACAGUGCUUGCAACUCGCAAGCAGAUUGAAUCCCGCAACCCUCUUGCGUUUGCUCCCAAAGUGAUCAAAACCUCUGAUUCUAUGCAAGAGGAUGAAUCUAGCAACACUCCAGCUUCAGCUCGACAUAAAAGAGGAUGCAAUUGCAAAAAAUCUGGUUGCCUGAAGAAAUACUGUGAAUGCUAUCAGGGUGGUGUUGGAUGCUCCAUCAACUGCAGAUGCGAAGGGUGCAAGAAUACAUUUGGUCGCAAAGAUGGUGGCUCUGCUUUUAUAGGUUCAGAAAUGGAUCUAGAAGUCAAUGUUGUAGAUGAUUGUGAAGGGAAUGUGACUGAUGGAAGCUUACAGAAAAUGGCGAUGCACAAUGAAGCUGAGCCGGUUUCUGCUACUCCUGCAACACCUUCACGUUUUGGAAGGCAAUCUAUUCAGUUGCCAAUCCCCUCAAAGGGCAAGCCACCACGAUCGUUUCUUGCGAUCGGAUCAUCAUCCAGUCAAAGAUUUGGAAAGCUAAAUCCUUUCAAAGGUGGAGGGAAGCCGGAUAAGCAACUGCAGACAGUGGGUGAAGAUGUGAUACCUGAGAUUCUGGAAGAGAAUGGUGGUUCCCCUAUCAGCGGUGUCAAGUCUUGUUCCCCAAAUAGCAAGCGGGUGUCUCCACCGCACUCGGGCAUGGGAAUGGGGUUGUCACCUGCCCCUGGACAAAGAAGCAGCAGGAAGUUGAUCCUGCAAUCCAUUCCUUCAUUUCCUUGUCUCACCCCCAAGCACUGAUCUUUCUUCUUCCAUAUGGCAUAUAUAUGGCUUCUCUUUCUUUAGUUACUGUGUAGUCUUCUUUUCUUUUUCUUUUUGAUGUUUUUAGUUUGUAUGGUUGCUUUUUCUCCUUUCAACUCUGCUUGUAAAAUAAUAAUAUGAUAUUCUUAGUUGCUGUUUGUUAUCAUAACAUAAAUUAUCGUCAAUAUUGUACCAUCUUCC